AUGGCCUCCUCCUCCGCCGCUCAAGUCGACCAAGACGCCACCCUCCUCUACGACUACCUCCGCAUGGGCGCGUCGCCGGCCCCCCCGCCCGCCGACGUCAUCUUUGGCCUCGGCAGCCUCGACACGCGCGUCGCCGCGCGCGCCGCGCAGCUCUACCUCGACGGCCUCGCCCCCUGGCUGCUCUUCUCGGGCGCGUCCGGCAAGCUGACCCGCGACCGGUUCAACCUGCCCGAGGCCGAGGUCUUUGCCGACAUUGCGCGCAGCAUGGGCGUGCCCGACGACCGCAUCCUCGUCGAGCCGCUGGCGCGCAACACGGGCGAGAAUGUGCGCUUCGCGCACGCCCUGCUGGCGGAAAGGGGCAUCACGCCGCGGUCGCUCAUCCUCGUGCAGAAGCCGUACAUGGAGCGCCGCGCGUGGGCGACGUUUCAGAAGCAGUGGCCGGACGACGCGGUCGCCGUCACGGUGACGUCGCCGCAGCUGGCGUUUGCAGAGUACCCGGACAAGGGAAACCCAAAGGAGCUGGUGGUCAGCGUCAUGGUGGGGGACCUGAUGCGCAUCGAAAAGUACCCCGCGCUGGGGUUCCAGAUCGAGCAGGAGAUUCCGCCGCCGGUGAUGGAGGCGGCGCAGAGGCUGAUUGCGGCGGGCUACGAUAAGCACCUCCCGUGA